UAGGAUAUAUAUGAUAGGUUACUUUUGAGAUAAUUUAAUUUGUUUAUUAAUUAAAUUGUUAAUAAUUCGCUUUGAUUAAAUUAAUUAUUUGUGAAAAUCUAAUCCAGAUAUAAAUAAAAAAUAUGUCUGAGUAUAAAAAGCCAUCGAUCGAUCCGGACUUAGUGAAAUUCUCCGAACAGAACGACUAUGAUUCUCUUGCAAAAUACUUAUGCAAAGUGUACAGAUACCGGGAAAAUAUAAUUAUACCAAGAGUGUUAGGUCCAGUUAUCAUAAAAACAAAUGAAGAGAAGAUGAUUGAAUCUACGAUCGAAAGCUGCCCAUUUAAAUCCCUGACCAGUUGCAUUAUAGGUUAUGGUCUGGGUGCUGCAGUUGGUCUAUUCACAUCAUCACUAAUGCCCAACAUGACUGACCCUAUGGCACAACAAAAUCAAACUGCAAGAGAAAUAUUAAGAGAAAUGAAAAACUCUAUGUUAAGCUAUGCUAAGAAUUUUGCACUGCUUGGUGCUGUGUUUUCUGGUGUAGAAUGUUGUAUUGAAAGUGCUAGAGGAAAAUCAGAUUGGAAAAAUGGGACAUACGCUGGUGGGGUCACUGGUGGCCUGAUAGGAUUAAGAGGUGGAUUAAAAGCAGGCAUGUUUGGUGCUGCAGGAUUUGCUGCAUUUUCGACUGUGAUCGACUAUUACAUGCAUCAACGGGGGUAGACUUUAAGCAAUUUGAGAGUUAUAAUGUUAAUAAUAGUUAUAAAUAUAAUA